AUGGAGAAUGAGGCAAAGGUGACAGCUAAUACAAGUGAAGUAUGUAUACAGUUUGAUGGAAAAUGCGUGAUGGAUGAGGUUGAGAACCUUAUAGGUUUUGAUGUGCCAGGACGAAGCCUAGAUGCUUAUGCGAUUAUGAAAGAAUCUAUGGAGCGCUAUGAAUACACUAGUAAUUUGUAUAAGAUGUAUAUAUCAGCAUUCUUGAAGAUAUUGAAAGGCAAUGAGGAAGUUGAGGAGAUUAUGCAUGAUAUUCUAUCGAUGCCUCUAUUAAGAGAGAUAGAGUUUGGUCUUAUUAACUCGUUUAUUGAAGCAGUGAUAUGGAAGAUUGAUCAUGGAGAAUGUGUAGCAAGGUAUGAGGUGUUUGUGGAAGGGCUUUGUAGAAAAAUAGACAAAGAGAUAAUCAGGAAAGUUGCAUAUUGGCAAGAUGAUGAUGGAUUAAUGAAUAUGAUGUUUGACUUUUUGAUUCUAUCGUUGAGGCUAAUUGAAAUGUUUUUAGAACAGAAGGUUUGCACUGGUGAUCAGAUUCCCAAAGAGAAGCAAGAAAUAUACGGAUUUUCGAAUGAAUGCCUGUACGAGGCAUUUAUGAUAAUCAGCAAAGCAGGUGAACUGGAGGACGACCUUGUGUUUGUGUUCAAGACUGUGCUUUCGAUUGACUUGCUGGUAAGCAGAAGUGUCCCAGAAAGAAUUGAGGAGGUGUUAGGUGUGAUUGAGAGACUUCCUAUUUCAAACAAGAAUCUUGGAAGAAUUAUUGUACAGAUAACAGGUGUGUGUGCCCAUGAUGCUGCAGCUUUUAAAGGUCUAAUGCUUUCUGUAUUUACAACAAAUAGCCUGGUUGCAUUGAAUGCAUUUCAAAGGAAUGAGCUUAUGGAUGUGCUCGUUGAGAUAGCCAAUCGCAAUCCAAAAAGCGAAGGAUUAUCAGUGGGAAUGACAGACAUUCUCAAAACAAUUUUCUACAGGAUAAGAGACUCUGAGUCAAAUCUGAAAUACAAGAUGGUGUGGAACUUCUUAUUAUUUCUGUCUAAGGUUGUGAUUGAAAGAGAUGUCAAAGAGAUCAAUGGGUUUUUUCUGAGGUUUGCUGUGAGACAUCCAGAAACGAUUGAACUUUAUUCUGAAUUUGUUCUUAUCAACCGAAUUGAUUUUCCUGUACAUACGAUUCAUCAGAGCAUCAGACUUGGUUUUAUGCAGAGGUUCUAUCCAGUUUUGUUUGACAAGGUUCGGGCAGAGCAUCAUGAUGUGGGACAUGUUGAUGGCCUUGUUUCUGAGUUUCUGAAGUUUUUUGUAGCCACCAAAAACAAGGAUCUGAUUCAAGCUCUUUCGCUGGUUCCAUAUAUUCCUGUGAAAAGAGAGAUGCUAUAUGUGCUAUAUGAGAUAUAUUCAUUUGUGUUUGAAAAGUGUAUAUUUGAUUGCAUAGGAAACUUUCCUCUUAAGACGCCCGCGCUUGUUGGAAUAUCUUCAAGCAUAUACUACGAUGUAAAGCAUCUUCCUAGGCUUUCAAGGGAUUUGGGUGUAUCUGGUGUAGAGCCACGGAUGCUAGUGUUCCUUGGCAUUAUAUAUCACUGCGAGUCUAGGAAGCUCCAUAAUUUGAACUUCAGUGGGAUUCUUGAGUAUAUACAGGAUGAGGAUGGAAUAAGAAUGACCGGUGACGGCCUAGUGAAUGUAAUUAGACAUAUACACGAGGGAUAUGUAAGUAGAUCGCAUGCAUUCACUCUUUCAUAUGUAAAUUCACUAUUGGAGAUUGCGCAAAAACCAAAAACAAUAGAAACAACACUUGUGAUGAUUGAAACCAUUCUUAGAAAGCUGCUUGAACGAGACGAGAAGAUUGUUUUUACAAAGGAGAUUCAUCACAGAUUUCAACGACUUUUCGAAGCAUUUGGGUACAAGAAGUUUCUGAAUGUGUGUGUCAUUGAAUCGUAUAGAGAGCUCUACAAAACAAUUUUGGAAACAAUCAAAUGUGCACCUAACUUUUACAACUAUGUUAUUCUUUGCGUUGCAGACAUUUCUUUCUUUGAUAAGGAAUUUCCUAAAGGCCUGUUCAGGUCCUUCAAUGACUUGUAUAUCUACACAUUAUCAAGGAUGAAUGUGGUGGAAGGAUUCCCAGAUGUUUUUAUUGUUAACCAGAAAUCUAUGGCUAUAUCGAGUACAAGUGAGUCUAAUGAAGCAAUGGAUGGUAUAGAUGCAAAGCACAUUAAUAAGAUGAGCAUUACUGAUGCAGCGGAAAUGAGUUCAUGCAAACCUGAAGGUUGUGCAUCGCAUAUACAUAUCAAUCAAAUUAAAAAUGGAGUAGCGUUUGGUAAUGCACAUAACAGCAUAAAGUGUAACGAAAAAGAUAAUGUUUGCAUGAAAUCAGAUCAAUUGGAAGGCAUGAAUGAUUCAAUGAAGAGCGCUUCUAUUUCACAAGCAUCGUCUGGAUAUGCUAUAAAUAUAGAAAUACUUGACAAGAGCAUCAGGCAUCAGGAGAAAUCUGUUAUAUGGCUUAUUGACACCAUUUAUACAAGAAGAGCGCAAAGUAAUGUGAUAAGAAUGGCAUUAGAUUUGCUAAAGCUAAGAUUAAGACAGAUGUUUGAGUAUGAAGAUCUGUAUAUUCUCUUAAAGGCAUAUAACAUCUUGCGUAUUCGAGAGAAUGAUUCUGAAGGUUUUCUGAAGCAGGCGCUAUACCGAGGUUUAGAUUUCAAGACGGAUUCUAUGGUAUGCUACAACUUAUCUGUUGAAACAAAUGGAUUUUACCGAUUUUUCUUCCGUUCAUUGCACUGGGCAGUGUCUGGACAUGUGCCUGUGGAUAAUUUGAUGUUUCCUGAUCGUGCAGGGUUGUUUUUGAAGUUUGAUACGUCAGAUCUGAUAUACAUACAGAAUGCAUUUAGGCAGAAUAUGAUACAAAGGCUACUUGAAAAGUCUUCAGUUCCAUCAUACAGGUCGUAUUUUUUCAACAUGAACAAUCUCGAGGUGAUGGAUUGCCUUACGAUGAUACAAAGAUUGAAGGCGCCGUCUGCGAUGCAUGAUGUUUUUUUGCAGCUACAGAAACUUAAAAACGAGAUGUUCUUCUAUGUUCCUCAGCUUGUACAAGCACUUAGAAACAGAGAUGCAUUUGAAAAUGUUUCUUCAAUAAUCAAUAUGCUUGCAUCUGAUGAUUUUGUAUCGCAUCAACUUGUUUGGAACCUUAAAGCCAAUCUGUAUAACGAUGUGAACAUGAAGAUUAAGGAUGAUUGUCAUGAUGUAUUUUCGCGAUGUAUACAGCAAAUAUUGAACAACAUGUCAACCGAAGCAAAAGAAGUGUUUAUGAAUGAGGAGGAGUUUACUGCAAGUCUAUUGAGCAUCUCAUGUAAUAUUGCACCUUAUAUUAAGGCAUCUAAGGAUGAGAAGAGAAGAAGGAUUAAUGAGUAUCUCUCUUGUAUAAGCCUACGCCCUGGGGUUUACAUUCCGUAUUCACCUGAAUGGAAGAUUAUUGAGGUAAUCAAUGGAUCAGCAAGGGUUCUUCAGAGCCAUUCGAAAGUGCCUUUUGUGGUAUCUCUGAAGGUUCAGAAUGGAAGUGGGCAGGUUUGUGUGAAACAGCUGAUAUUCAAGCACGGUGAUGAUUGCAGACAGGACAUGCUUGCGUUGCAAAUAAUAUCAAUGUUUGAGUUGAUAUUCAAGCAGGCGAACCUGGAUAUUUUCCUGUGCCCAUACAAAGUGAUAGUCACGUCUUGUGGAACUGGGAUUAUUGAAGUGAUACCGAAUUCGAAGUCUCGCGAUCAGAUAGGCAGGGAGAACAUCAACAAUUUAUCAGAGUAUUUUGAAUACAAGUUUGGAUUUAAGGAAAGCGAAGGAUAUUUGUCUGCGUUGUACAACUUUGCAUCGAGCCUUGCUGGAUACUCGUUAGUUGUGUACUUCCUGAACAUCAAGGAUAGGCACAAUGGAAACAUAAUGAUAGAUGACAAAGGAAGAAUAAUUCAUAUUGACUUUGGAUACAUGCUUGAAACGUCACCUGGGAAUUUGAAUAUUGAAGCGCCGAUGAAGCUAACCAAGGAGAUAGAAGAGUUGCUUGGAGGUGUUUCUGGAAAGGGAUUUGAGAUAUAUCAAGAACUGAUGGUCAAAGGAUUUCUAGCAUUGAGGAGAAACAGUAAGAACCUGGUGAUGAUAGUAGAUUCGUUUGUCGAAAGCAAGCUGCCAUGCUAUAAAAAGAAUGCGGUUGAAAACUUUAUUCUACGAUUCAGACAUGAGUUAUCUGAUAAGAAUGCAAAGAGGUUUAUUAUGUCAUUGAUAGCAGAGUCAUCGCAGAAGUUCAGGACGUGGAUGUAUGACCAGUAUCAGAAGUUGACGAACAACAUUUCGUUCUGA